GAACACUUGCUCACGUCGACAGGUACACGAAGGAGCGGUCAGCAACCAGGGCAACCGACGAUGCCGCUCACGAUGAACGACGUUAACGGGGCUGUGAAGAAGCGUGUGUCAUACUUCUACGACUCGGAGAUUGGCAACUACCACUAUGGCCCAAACCAUCCCAUGAAGCCGCACCGUGUUCGCAUGACGCACAACCUGGUGACGAACUAUGGCUUGACCAAGCACAUGCAAAUUUACCGCCCCAAGCUUCUCGGGUGGGAAGAGCUGACUCGUUUCCACUCGGACGAUUACAUUCACUUUCUUCGGUUGAUAUCACCGGACAACAUGCAUCACUACCUCCGCCAGCUGCAGCGCUUCAACGUGGGCGAAGACUGCCCCGUUUUCGACGGUCUGUACGAAUUCUGCCAACUCUACGCGAGUGCGUCCAUCGGCGGUGCCGCGCGACUGAACGACAACAGCGCCGACAUUGUCAUCAACUGGUCGGGUGGGUUGCACCACGCGAAACGAUCGGAAGCGUCAGGAUUUUGCUAUGUAAACGACUGCGUCCUGGGCAUCUUGGAGCUCCUCAAGGAGCACCAGCGCGUUGUGUACAUCGAUAUCGAUAUCCACCAUGGCGACGGCGUCGAGGAAGCGUUUUACACGACGAACCGCGUCAUGACAGUGUCAUUCCACAAGUACGGGGAAUUCUUCCCUGGCACUGGCGACGUCAAAGACGUGGGGUAUGGCGAAGGCAAGAACUACGCGGUCAACUUUCCCUGCCGCGACGGCAUGGACGACGAAAGCUUUAGCUCGAUCUUCCGCUCGGUCAUGUCCAAGGUGAUGGAGCACUUUGCCCCUGGCGCGAUCGUGCUCCAGUGCGGCGCCGACUCGCUAUCAGGCGAUCGACUCGGGUCGUUCAACCUGAGCGUCAAGGGUCACGCCGACUGCGUCGCGUACAUGCGCAGCUUCAACGUCCCGAUGCUCGUGAUCGGCGGCGGCGGGUACACCCUCCGCAACGUCCCUCGCGCUUGGUGCUAUGAGACGUCCGUGCUAUUGGACGUAGACAUUCCAGACGCGAUGCCAUACAACGACUACUUUGAGUACUUUGGUCCAGAGUACCGGCUGCACAUGCCCGUGAGCAACAUGGAGAACCUCAACACGCCGUCCUACUUGAACGAGAUCAAGCAAUUGCUGUUUGAACAGUUGCGCCAACUCGAUCACGCACCGAGCGUCCCAUUCCAUGACGUACCAUCCAAGAUCGUCGCAGACGAUGCCGACCAAGACAUGGGCAACCCUGAUGAACAUGCCGUGAAUGACGCGCCGCAGCACCCUGCCGAGUUUUACGACAAGGCCGAAUGAAGCGUCUGGAGGAAGCGACCACGGCGACUCGUGCGCUGUCCACGACCAUCUAAGCAAUCCAUUCAACGUUAUUCCAGCUCGUUUGUCCGUCAGACUUGGAUCGUGGAAGAUGGUGAUGGCGACAUGCCGCGCAUUGUGCGAGGAAAGGUCGGCGAUGGGUGAUGACGAACAUUCGACUACGAUGGCCAUGUUGGAAAAGGUGCUAGUGUGGUGGGAGGGAGUGGAGUUGUGGUGGCCACGAUAGCGAGUGCAUGGGUUGAGAAAAUUGACGUUUCGUUGCUAUCUACAGCUGCGGUCGCGCCAACUCGAACCGGUCCUUCACGCUCGUGUACCCGUCGCCGCCGACCUUUCCGACCCCGACGAACAAAGCAUCGUCCACGAUCCGGCCGUCACCAGCCACGGCGUCGUUUACGACGAAAUGCACCACGUCCAAGUACAUGACACUGCUGUUUCCAAUCGACACAACAUCGCGCAAGGUGCACUCCAUGCGGACGAGCGACUUGGCAACGCCAGGAGCGUUGACGCGCGUACCUUCGACAGGCUCGAUGCCGACCGCCUCGAACUCACUCACGUCGCGGGGGUAGUUGGCGCAUGACCCGUUCAUGACUUCAAUGAGGUCUUGAGUGACCAAGUUGACUUGACACUCCUUCGUUUGCCUCAGGUUCGAUAGUGUGUCCUUGUCGACGCCGACGCGAGGGUUCACUUGCGUCACGGACAAAACAGGCGGAAACGUGCUUGCAACGGUAAAAAACGAGUACGGGGCGAGGUUGGACACGCCAUUCUCGCUCAGCGUGCUGAUCUGUGCCACAUAAUCAUGACAUUCCACACACGAACUCGGCGCAUGGCGCGAGAGAUUCAUCAACCCGUACCCAAGCGAUUGGACGCGGGACGACGGUACCAACGAGGAGUUGGUACGCGAGGCGGCUGUCAAUGUCUUUGGCGUCGUAGUGCUUUACAGUAGACAUAAGAGCGUGCGUCUUCGCCGACGGGAGAAGGCAGCUUCGCCGCCAAGCUCGUCGGGCUAGCUUGAACAAUGCUGCGCGAUCGCCGCGGAAC